AGCCUUUUUGCUUUGACCUGCGGUGGCCUGAUUAUUAGUGUGACAAGAUGGCUUUACCCAGACUAUAUAGUGCGCCUUUUCGCAGGUCGCUUUCCCGGUUUUCAGCGCCCUGUCGCAAACCAAACAAUCACCAAACACCCUUCCACCGAUUCUACUCGGAGAGAACAUCACAAUCAGAGAAAUCAACACGAUCAUCGCACCCGGGAAAGACACAAGACAAACGGGGCAAGAAAGAAUUUACAGUUUGGCGUCCGUACCUGCGACUCGCGAUUGGCAUCCCCUUUGUAACGCUGCUUGUCUGGGACAUGAUGACUGGAGAAGUGACCCAAUUAGACUCUCCAUCGAUCGUGGAGAUUGAUGAGGCUCUCAAGAAACAAGCAUCUGUCAACGAAACUUCGCCAAUGCGGCUGCGAAUGGAAAAAUUGAUAAAGGAUCACCAACAGAAGAUUGUGGAGGAACUCAGCCGGAUAGAUGGAAAACAAUUCAGAGCAGACACCUGGACUCGACCUAAUGGAGGAGGCGGUAUAUCUUGCGUCCUUCAAGAUGGCAAUGUAUUCGAAAAAGCCGGAGUCAAUGUAUCUAUCGUCUACGGAGACCUACCCCGAGCAGCGAUUGAGAAGAUGCGAGCAGAUCACAAGUCCUUCGUCGGUGCUGACGUGGAAUCUUUGAGUUUCUUCGCUGCCGGGCUUUCUCUUGUCCUACACCCCCAUAAUCCUAUGGCGCCAACGGUCCAUCUAAACUACCGCUAUUUCGAGACAUCAGACCCAAAAGACCCCAUCAACGGCGACAAAAACUGGUGGUUUGGCGGCGGUACAGACCUCACCCCGUCCUACCUCUUCCCUGAGGAUGUUCAACACUUCCAUAAAACGAUCAAAGAGGCUUGCGAUCGCCAUGACGCAACCUACUAUCCCAGAUUCAAAGAAUGGUGCGACAAGUACUUCUACAUCCCGCACCGUCGUGAGUGCCGCGGUGUCGGCGGGAUCUUCUUCGACGACCUUGACGCCAACUUCUUGGAAAGCUCCUCCACCUCCUCUCAAAAUCCGCAAGAAACCCUCUUCUCCUUCGUCUCUGAUGCUCUCGCCUCCUUCCUUCCCUCCUACGUCCCGAUUGUCGAACGUCGCAAAGACAUGCCGUUCACCCCAGCUCAGAAGGAAUGGCAACAACUCCGCCGCGGCCGCUAUGUGGAAUUCAACCUCGUCUAUGACCGCGGCACGAGCUUCGGACUGAGAACCCCUAGUGCCCGUAUCGAAAGUAUCCUCAUGAGUCUUCCUCGCACAGCAUCAUGGGCGUACAUGGAUCCCGUGUCGGGAACACGGACCGAGCAUAUGGAUAAUGAAGAGGAGCUCGGCGAGGAUAAGGCCCAUGAGAAGGAAAUGAUGGAUGUGCUGAGACAUCCCAGACAAUGGGUUUGAUGUAUGGGUAGGACUUGGAAAAUCUUUGUACCAUAUCUUCCAAUGUAUAAUACGUGCUUUGGCAUAAGUACUGUUGGCGUAUGAAAGAAUCUCUGUUUUCUACAUGCAGGAAUGCCAGUGAUUUCAGGA